CCAUAGUAGUAGUAGUAGUAGUAGUAGUAGUAGUAGUAGUAGUAGUAGUAGUAGUAGUAGUAGUAGUAGUAGUAGUAGUAGUAGUAGUAGUAGUAGUAGUAGUAGUAGUAGUAGUAGUAGUAGUAGUAGUAGUAGUAGUAGUAGUAGUAGUAGUAGUAGUAGUAGUAGUA